UUAAGGCAAUAAGAGCAAUUUCCAUAAGCGUUGGGGGGCAAUAUUGAACAUGAUAAAAAGUGUAUAUGUGUGAGUAAAACGGUGGUUUAGUGCGUGUAUGCAAUACGAAGUAAUGAACGUGAAAUUCGGAGGUAAGCAGCCGACGGGUACUCCGUCAAUGGCAUGGUCAACGAUAGUCGUCGUCGUUUCACUUCUCUCCGGCGCAUCUGUUGUUCAUAACAUCUUCAAGCCUGAUUUGACGCUGCCACCAAUUGAUAGUGCUAAGAUGCAACAGCCCGAUAAAUAAUGAACGUUUCGAUACGAGCAUUUGUAAUUUAGGAAAGCGUGUAUUUCAUAUUGAACUGUAAUAAUUUUAUGUUGUUUCCGCUAUUUGUGGUUGAAUCUUGAAUCAUAAUUUCAAAUUUAAAGUUUCUUCGUGGCAUCCUGCAUCCUGUAACGUAUGCUAUAUGAGUUAUUAAAAGCUCUCUUUUAAUUA